UUCAGAAUGUGCUUUGAUCGUCAUUAUUUUUCUUUUUCAUUUAAAUAUAGCCAUUAAUAUUUCACAACAUGAUUUGUUUGACAAGAUGCGUUUGGGCCAAUUUCUGGCUUCAGCUUUGUUUCUGCUUCAUUUGCAUGUGGGGCUCUCUCGGUGAAGUGCGUUAUUCAGCUCCAGAGGAGAUGCAGCGAGGCUCUGUCAUUGGCAAUGUGGCGAGAGAUUUGGGGAUAGAUGUGACUGAGCUCGUGAGACGCAACGCUCGAGUUGUUGCUGAGGGGAGCCGACAGUUUUGCGAGCUGAGCUCAGAAACAGGCUCUCUGUUGGUGAGUGAGAGAAUGGACCGUGAGGAGCUUUGUGUGCAGUCUGCGUCGUGCGUCCUGCAAUUCCAGUUGCUCCUGGAAAAUCCGCUCAAAGUUUACAGUCUCCUCUUAGACAUCCAGGACAUCAACGAUAACAGUCCGAUGUUUGAAAAUGGUCAGAUUGAGCUGGAGCUACUGGAGUCAACGGUCUUGGGGAGACGUUUUCCACUUGAAAGUGCUCACGAUCCUGACAUAGGAGCUAAUUCAGUUCACCAUUAUCAACUCAGUGAGAAUGAAUAUUUUGCUUUGGAAAUGAAUACCCAGGUGGACAGAAAUGCAUAUCCUGAAUUGGUUCUUAAAAAGCCUUUGGAUCGAGAAAACCAAGCUGAUCAUUUUCUGACUCUAAGUGGAGUGGAUGGUGGCCGACCUUUUCGUUCUGGAACGACAUCAAUUCACAUUCACGUGUUGGAUGCCAAUGAUAACGUUCCUGUGUUUGGUCAAAGUGUGUACAAAGUCAGUGCGCAGGAAAAUUCACCUCGAGGCACUGUGUUGGUUAAAUUAAAUGCAACAGAUUUAGACAAUGGGAUUUAUGGGGAAAUUAGUUACUGUUUCAGUCACGUGCCUGAUAAGACGAGGGGGAUUGUGGAGGUCGACCACGUGACGGGUGAGGUAAAGGUCAUGGUUGCACUGGAUUAUGAGGAGGCCAGUUCUCACGAGCUGGAUGUGCAAGUCAAAGAUGGGGGCGGCCAGUCAUCUCACUGUAAACUCAUAAUAGAUGUGAUAGAUGUGAAUGACAAUUCACCUGUUAUUGCUGUUAAAUCAACUACUUCUACUGUGCCAGAAGAUGCUUCACCUGGAACCAUGGUGGCUUUGCUGCACGUUUAUGACCUUGAUACUGGCACCAGUGGACAUGUCACAUGUAAGAUAUCUGAUGACGUGCCAUUUAAACUUGUGUCAGAGGUAAAGAAUUACUUCAUGCUUGUGAUUGAUGGAGUUUUAGACUGGGAAAAGUGUCCUCACUAUAACAUAACUGUGACUGCUGUGGAUGCUGGCACACUCCCUUUAUUCAGCAGUAAAACUGUAGCCAUAACAGUCAUAGACGUUAAUGAUAAUCCUCCUGUUUUUAGACACAGUGACUACAGCAUCAAAUUUGUAGAGAAUCAGCCUCAGGGAACCCUGGUUAUUAAGGUCAGAGCUGAUGAUGCAGAUGAAGGCCAGAACGCAAGAAUUCUGUAUUCUCUUUCAGAAGAUGCAGCCUCUCAUCUUUCCAUCAAUGCAGAAACUGGUGAGAUAUUUACUCUGUGCCCCUUUGAUUACGAAUCAUCCACUCACUUUCAUGGUCAAGUUAUGGCACGUGAUGAAGGCAGGCCAUCGUUCACUAGCACAUGCACUGUCCAGAUUUUUAUUGCAGAUCAGAAUGACAAUGCUCCAGUUGUUCUUUACCCAGUUCGGUUGGAUGGGUACCUUGCACAUGAUAUUGUGCCCCGAGCUGCUCCUGCAGAUUAUCUGGUCACCAAAGUGGUUGCGAUUGAUGCAGACGCAGGGCACAAUGCAUGGCUGUCCUAUCGAAUUGUAAAAGCCACACAGCCUAAUUUGUUCUUCAUUGGACUGAACUGUGGAGAAAUUAGGACACUAAGGCCGUUUGCAGAAGAUGAAGAAAUCAAGCAAACCUUGUUAGUCUCUGUGAUUGAUAAUGGGCUUGAAUCUUUGUCUGCAACUGCAACUGUCAAUAUUAUGAUAGAAGACGGCUUGCCUAUCAUCGAUGAGCUGGUUGCACGUGGCACGGAUAAAUCACAUGGACCCAGUGACCUUACUUUAUAUUUAAUAAUGGCUCUGGCAGGCAUGUCCAGUCUUUUCCUUGUGCUCAUCAUUGCCGUGGUCUAUAUGAGAUUAUGUAGAUACCGAUACAUGUACCGUUCAACUGCAAACUUGCCCGUUUUUCCUCCUACCUACGGACCACCUGGCUACUCUGACGUGAGCCACUUCAAUACUCUGCAGAAAGAUGAUCGAUAUAAUUCAUUCUUAACCACAGGCUCAUGGAAAGGGGACUUCAGAUUUGGCUCUGAUUUUGUUGAUUUGGACAUGCUGAAUAAGAGAGGGAUGUUGUUGCAUGUGGGUGGCCACUGCGCCACACGUGCAAAGCUAUUAGUGCCACAUAAACUCUAACCCAGAUGGUUUGACCCUGACAAUCAUACAGAAAGUCCUUAUCAACAAAUUGGACUGAAAAUCCUUUAAUCAAACAAAUGACAAAUGUUAAUUAUUA